GACGAGCUGAAGCGGUACCUGGCCGCCGAGGUCGAGCCGAUCAAGGACGCCAUCGCGUGGUGGCAGGGAAAGCGCAAGACGUACCCCCGCCUUUCCAGGAUGGCGAUUGAUUAUCUGAACAUCCCAGCCACGUCGGUCGAGGUGGAGCGAAUCUUUAGCCGCGGUCGACUCCUCCUCUCGCACGUCCGCAACCGGAUGACCGCAGAGAGCACGCGCGCCAGCAUUUGCCUCGGCGUAUGGGCUCAACACGGUCUCGUG